GGGGGAGAGUAUUUAAGUAAAGAAAUCCGGGGCUUUGGAGCAUUACCUUCGGUGCUGACGACAGGGCACCAUCUGAGACAGCUGGGAUAUAGAUCACUGUAAAAGAAUUUACUCCUCAGUCACCGCUGUACGACUCACUAUUCGAGCGACGUUUUCUGUAAAUCUGUCAGUUGCUUUGAGAUUCUGAAUCUCGACAAUGUCUUGGCUCGCUCACGCUGCGCGGAUCUUCUUCUUCUUCGUGUUGUGCCUUGUACACCAGGGCAGGACUUCGCAGGCCAGUCUCCCUGAUGUCAUCAUAGGAGACCCGAAUUCGGGAAAAUAUGACGUCCUGGGCCCCGCCAUAUCCGAGAAGGAGCUGGAGGAGAGCUUGAGCCUCAACAUUACUGCAGAGGACUUCGACUCCAAGGGGGACCCGAUCUCCACCUCGGGAUUCUACCAGGGGGACAUCAUGGUCGAGGAUGAGGAUCACCUCAUCCAGAUAGUCAACGGCGACCCACAAGGCCAACUCAGCGCCAUCAGGAAUCCGCAAAGGGCUUGGCCGGGAGGAUCGAUUCCUUACGUCAUAUCCUCCUCUUUCUCAAGCCAAGAGAGGGCGCUGAUAGCCAGAGCAAUGGCCGAGUAUCACCAGAAGACGUGCAUCCGCUUUGUGCCGAGGUCGUCGCACCGUGAUUACAUCCACAUCUUACGAGGGCGAGGGUGCUCCAGUUCAGUUGGACGAAAUGGCGGCUCCCAGGUCGUAUCUCUGGGCAACGGCUGCGUUCAUUUCGGUGUCAUCAUCCACGAGCUCAUGCACGCAGCCGGUUUCUGGCACGAGCAGUCUCGUUACGAUAGAGACAAUUACGUCACUAUCUACUGGGCUAAUAUUCUCCCUGGUCUCCAAUAUAAUUUUGAUAAGAACUCCAACGCCUUUACGACCGACUUAGGCCUACCUUACGACUAUGCGUCCAUCAUGCACUACGGUACGGAUGCUUUCACCAGGCGCUACGGAUCCCCAACCAUUGUUCCCAAGAGAUCAGGAGUCACCAUCGGACAGCGAAGUGGGUUUUCUCAGCUGGAUGUACAAAGCCUCAACUUGCUGUACAAGUGUUCUGGUGUCAAACCAACCCCUGGUCCAGAACCAAAGCCAGCAGGAUGCACAGACAAUCAUCACCACUGCUCAUCUUGGGCAUCUUUCGGGUACUGUGGGAGCAAUCCAGGCUACAUGCACAUCAACUGCAGAAAGUCAUGCAAUACAUGCAAUGGAGGUACUUGCACGGACAUCGGAAAAUACUGCGUUAGCUGGGCUGCACAGGGAGAAUGCCAGAAAAAUCCUGCGUAUAUGCAGCAAUACUGCAAGCAGUCUUGCAAGCUCUGUGGGAGCGCUAAGAGCAGCUGUUACGAUUACAACCAAUACUGCGGAGAUUGGGCCAAGAAAGGAGAAUGCAAGAGGAAUCCUGCUUACAUGCGACUGAGCUGCAAGAAGUCCUGUGGAAUGUGUUGACGUAUAGGUACAAUACCUAGAAAUGAUCAUUUGUAGUUCAUUUGUAUGUUGUUAAUGUAGUACUGUUGAUUUUCACAAUUUUUUAUGAAAUAAAAAUAUUGAUUUCUUGUAAA